AUGCCACGUAAGCUACGUAAGAAUAUACGUAAGAGGAAGAGAGCAUUGAAACAUCCAAUAGUAAAACUGACACCACAACAACAGUUGCAACAACAAAUGCUGAAUGACCCCACUAUGUUGCAACAAAUGUCAAGCAACCCUAUGCUUUUAAACCGAGUUAUUGGUGCACAGAGUGGAGGUUUAAGAGCGGCACUUUUAGCGAAAAUGGCAGGCUAUGGUGGAGCUGCAGACGGAACAGCUUAUAACCCUCAAAGUCAAAUGAAUUUGAGUUCACUCAAAAAUCAAAUAACAGAUGUCAAAAAGUCAAACAUAGACAUACAGAAACAAAUAAGUGAAAACGAAAAGAAACUAGAAUAUGACAGACACACAAAGAAACUCAAUGAGUUAAACGUAGAGAAAAAGAAGAAAGAAGAACAACUGAAAGAACUAAGUACAGAGGAAUAUGCGAAAAAAGUGUCAGAAAAAGCAGCAGAAGUAGCAAAAAUGGAACAGGAUGUUAUAAAUUUGAAAAACCAUACUACUCAAUAUAAAGUACUGAAAGAUGAAGAGAUAAAACAAAAAGCCCUGAAGACAUAUAUGGAUAGCGAUGAGUAUAAAAAAGAAGUUGAAGCAAAUGU